CCUUCACACACACUCUCUCUCUCUUGUACCACCAUUUCCUUCUUGAGCCAAACACUGAGACACAAGAGUAUGGCGUCAACGGUUGCCUCUUACCGAAUAAACUAUACCUCUCUUGUUAAUCUACUUCUGUUUCUAUCUAGCCUUCUCACUGCCUCCUCCGACCUCUCUUUUAACUUCUACGCCGGUUCUUGUCCUGUAGCAGAGUUUCUCGUCAGAAACACUGUUAGAUCUGCUUCCUCCUCCGAUCCAACUAUCCCCGGAAAACUCCUUCGUCUCCUCUUUCACGACUGUUUCGUCCAGGGUUGUGAUGCGUCAGUGUUGAUACAAGGGAAUGGCACGGAGAGAAGCGAUCCCGGAAACGCUUCUCUUGGAGGAUUCUCAGUCAUAGAGAGAGCGAAGAAUGCCAUCGAGGUUUUCUGUCCCGCUACUGUUUCAUGCGCUGACAUCGUCGCACUUGCUGCUAGAGACGCCGUCGAAGCUGCUGGAGGACCGGUAGUUGAGAUUCCGACCGGGAGGAGAGACGGGAAAGUAUCGGUGGCUGCAGACGUCAGACCGAACAUAAUUGACACAGAUUUCAGUCUUGAUAAAAUGAUCGAUGCCUUCUCCUCUAAAGGCUUGUCGAUUCAAGAUCUCGUCGUGCUCUCUGGAGCACACACGAUCGGGGCUUCGCACUGUAACGCAUUCGAUGGAAGGUUUAAACGAGACUCGAAAGGAAAUCUGCAGCUAAUUGACGCGUCCCUGGACAACUCCUACGCAGAGACAUUGAUGAACCAGUGCUCAUCAUCGUCGUCAUUGACGGUGAGCAACGAUCCAGAGACAUCGUCGAGAUUCGAUAAUCAGUACUAUAGGAAUCUAGAGGCGCACAAGGGCUUGUUCCAGACGGAUUCUGCACUGAUGGAGGAUGAUCGGACGAGGAAGAUGGUGGAGGAUCUGGCGAGUGAUGAGGAAAGCUUUUUCGAGAGAUGGAGGGAGUCGUUUGUGAAGCUGAGUAUGGUUGGUGUCAAAUUUGGUGAAGAUGGUGAAGUAAGGCGCUCUUGUUCUUCCGUUAAUUAAACACAUUCUCUGGUUUUUAAAUUAACCAUUUUUUGGUUGCUCUGCUCUCCCUUAGUUUUUUCUAAUGAUCAUGUAAAUGUCUUUGUUUAGUUGUUAAGUAUGUUCGCUUUUCUUCUUUUUA